AUGGAAUCACAAAACAGCAACUGUUUGUAUCAAGAAGUUGGUUGCCGCCAUGAGGAGUUUGUGAAAAGGAUGUCGAUAGAAGUCCUUACACAGCUCCUGGAGGCCCUCGUAACAGACAGUGUCUUGACUGAUUUGGAGAAAGAAGCGAUAUCUGAGAAGAACUCAGUCAGAGCAGACAGGGUACGCCACUUCAUUGACACUGUAAAGAGAAAGGGAGAGGAGGCCUGCAGGAAGUUGAUCCAGCAUCUUCAGUCCAUAGAUCCUGCUCUUUCCCAUCACCUGGGUUUGCCCUCUGUUCAAACUGCUCAGAAAGAUGCUCAUGAUGAGUGUCGACGUAAACUUAAAUCUGCUCUGAAGGAGAAGUUCCAGUCUGUGUUUGAGGGGAUUGCUAAAGCUGGAAAAUCAACCCUUCUGAAUGAGAUCUACACAGAGCUCUACAUCACAGAUGGAGGGACUGCAGAGGUCAAUGAUGAACAUGAGGUCAGACAGAUUGAAACAGCAUCCAGGAAACCACACAGACCAGAAACAACCAUCAGGUGUGAAGACCUCUUUAAAGCCUCACCUGGAAGACAUAAACCAAUCAGAAGACUGAUGACAAAGGGAGUGGCUGGCAUUGGAAAAACAGUUUUAACACAGAAGUUCACUCUGGACUGGGCUGAAGACAAAGCCAACCAGGACAUCCUCUUCAUAUUUCCAUUGACUUUCAGAGAGCUGAAUGUGGUGAAAGAGGAAAAGUUCAGUUUGGUGGAACUUGUUCAUCACUUCUUCACUGAAACCAAAGAAGCAGGAAUCUACAGCUUUGAAGAGUUCCAGGUUGUGUUCAUCUUUGACGGUCUGGAUGAGUGUCGGCCUCCUCUGGACUUCCGCAAAACUAGGAUCCUGACUGAUGUUACAGAGUUCACCUCAGUGGAUGUGCUCCUGACAAACCUCAUCAGGGGGAAACUGCUUCCCUCUGCUCGACUCUGGUUAACCACACGACCUGCAGCAGUCAAUCAGAUCCUUUGCAACUCCGUUGACAUGGUGACAGAGGUCAGAGGGUUCACUGACCCCCAGAAGGAGGAGUACUUCAGGAAGAGGUUCAGAGAUGAGGAGCAGGCCAGCAGGAUCAUCUCCCACAUCAAGACAUCACGAAGCCUCCACAUCAUGUGUCACAUCCCAGUCUUCUGCUGGAUCACUGCUACAGUUCUGGAGGAUGUGUUGGAAACCAGAGAGGGAGGAGAGCUGCCCAAGACCCUGACUGAGAUGUAUAUCCACUUCCUGGUGGUUCAGGCCAAAGUCAAGAAGGUCAAGUAUGAUGAAGGAGAUGAAACAGAUCCACACUGGAGUCCAGAGAACAGGAAGAUGAUUGAGUCUCUGGGAAAACUGUCUUUUGAUCAGCUGCUGAAAGGAAACCUGAUCUUCUAUGAAUCAGACCUGACAGAGUGUGGCAUCGAUAUCAGAGCAGCCUCACUGUACUCAGGAGUGUUCACACAGAUCUUUAAAGAGGAGAAAGGCCUGUACCAGAACAAGGUGUUCUGCUUCGUCCAUCUGAGUGUUCAGGAGUUUUUGGCUGCUGUCUACAUGAUCCACUGUUACACCAACAGGAAGACAGAGGUGCUGGAAAAUGUCCUGGAAAGAAACUGUAAUGACUCAACUCUGGAUGUCUUCCUGAACAGAGUCAUGGAGAAAUCCCUGCAGAGUACAAAUGGUCACCUGGACCUGAUGGUUCGCUUCCUUCAUGGUGUCUGUCUGCAGUCCAACCAGAGACUGUUAAGAGGUCUGCUGGGUCAGACAGAGAUCAGUCCAGGAAUCAUCCAGAGAGCCAUCAACAACCUGAAGGAGAUGAACUUGUUCAACAUUUCUCCUGACCGAAACAUCAACAUCUUCCACUGUCUGAUGGAGAUGAACCACCUCUCAGUUCAUCAGGAGAUCCAAGAGUUCCUGAAGUCAAAGAACAAAUCAGAGAAGGAACUCUCUGUGAUCCACUGCUCAGCUCUGGCCUACAUGCUGCAGAUGUCAGAGGAGGUUCUGGAUGAGUUGGACCUGAAGAAGUUCUACACAUCAUGGGAGGGACGACGGAGACUGAUUCCAGCUGUGAGGAACUGCAGAAAGGCUCAAUUAUCUGACUGUGAACUCUCUGAGAGUCACUAUGAAGUUGUGGCCUCAGCUCUGAAGUCCAACCCCUCCCAUCUGACAGAGUUGGACCUGAGUUACAACAGCAAACUGCAGGAUUCAGGAGUGAAGCAGCUGUGUGUUGGACUGAAGAGUCCAAACUGUAGACUGGAGACUCUGAGAUUGAGGCACUGCUGUUUAUCAGAGAUCAGCUGUGAUUCUCUGGUCUCAGCUCUGAAGUCCAACCCCUCCCAUCUGAAACAUCUGGACCUGAGUGAAAACAACCUGGAGGAUUCGGGAGUGAAACAUCUGUGUGGUUUUCUGGAGAGUCCAGACUGUAGACUGGAGACUCUGAGAUUGAGUUUCUGCAGUUUGUCAAAGACCAGCUGUGAUUCUCUGGUCUCCGCUCUGAAGUCCAACCCCUCCCAUCUGAAACAUCUGGACCUGAGUGAAAACAACCUGCAGGAUUCAGAUGUGAAGCAGCUUCUUGAUCUUGUAAAGAGUCCAGACUGUAGACUGGAGACUCUGAGGUGGGAGUCAAGGUAAACAGGACUGUAUGUGUGCUGAGAGAGGAUGAGCUGAGUCCUGAUGAUCCAGAAGUUAAAUCAGAAGCAGCCUGUGUUUAGUGACACUCUGACUGGACCAUGUUACUGGGAGGUGGAGUCAAGAGGAGAGCUUCAUCCACAUGUUUUUCAUUUAAAAUCAUCAACAGAGCUGCAAUCAAUCUCUUCUAACAGUAGCAACAAAUAAAGUCCAGUUACUCUUGAAUUAUUCAGACACAUUGAGAACAAGAUAUUCUAUGUAGAUGUAAAAUUUCUCGCAUAAAUAAUCCUGUUGUUUCUUGCUGUUUGUGUAUAGAUUUGUCCCAUCUAUAUUGUAAUUUGUUUCACGUGGUUGUCAUUUGGUUGUAAAGUAAAAUCUCUCCUGGUUGUAUUUUUUA